AGCCGUCCUGGUAUAUAACAAUAGAACAAUAUAACAUUGUAUACAGCCAGUGAAGCUUCACACGUCCAAAUCAUUCCCUAUUCACUAUUCAGAUGGCUCUCAACACUUUCUUCUUCUUCGUUUUCCUCUCGCUCUUCUUCACCUCCAUCGUUCGAUCUUCCGACGAUGACUGCGUUUACACGGUCUACAUUCGGACGGGAUCGAUCAUAAAGGGCGGGACGGACUCGAUCAUCAGCGUCCGCCUGUACGACAAGUACGGAGACUACAUUGGGAUCAAGAACCUGGAGGCCUGGGGCGGACUGAUGGAGCCCGGACACAACUACUUCGAGAGAGGUAAUCUGGACAUCUUCAGCGGGAGGGCGCCGUGCCUACCCGCCCCGAUCUGCGCGAUCAACCUGACUUCCGACGGCUCGGGUCCUAACCAUGGAUGGUACGUCAACUACUUUGAGGUGACGACGACGGGGGCCCACAUCAAGUGCAAGCAGCAGCAGUUCACGGUGGAGCAGUGGCUGGCUCUCGAUACGGCGCCGUACGAGCUUACCGCCAUCAGGAAUUACUGCCCCACCGUAAACGACAAGCCUCGCGGUUCCCUCAAGGCUAUUGUGUAACCAACCAGUAAGGGAAGCUGUGUCGUUUUGGUCCGUCCCUUGAAUAUUAUUUUUGUUAGCUAAAUAAAUCUGAGCUUUUUUCCCUAAUCUGUGCGGAUCGGAUCCAAGUGUCGGUGGGGAUGUAUUUAUUGCAAUAUAUAGACUUUGUCGUGACUGUCUUAAUUAAUGGGUAUGGUUUGGUUAUUUAA